AGAAAAAUAUCUGUCAAUAGAGAUAAAAGAAAAUAUAAAAUAAAAUGUGUGUAUGUAUAUGUAUUUAGUUAUCAAAAUGUAAAAAUUUCAACACGUUGAACAGUGUAAAAUAGCAGAUUUUAACUCUGUUGCAGAAAUAAAUAAAAGUAUUAAAAAAAUAAUUUAGAAAAUAAUGUCUCAUCAGACAGGUAUACGGCCUAAUAAAGAUUUACAGAAAGUUUUGUUUGAAUCUAAAAGUGGAAAAUAUCGUGCAAUAAAAGUAUCCAUUAAUAAUGAAGAGCUUUGUUGUACAGGAAGAUUUGUUACAGGAAAAAAUAGUUGGGAAAAAGAUUAUGAUGAAGUAUUAAAUAAAUUUAUUGAAAAAGACGUUCCGUGCUAUGUUCUGUAUAGAUUUGAUGAAAAGAUAUCACAUGAUCAUGCUUGGUUGCUUUUUACUUGGAUUCCUGACACAGCCAGUGUUAGGAACAAAAUGUUGUACGCUUCUACAAAGGCGACAAUGAAAAUUCAUUUUGGAACUGCAAAUAUUAGUGAAGAAAUUCAUGCUACUACAAUUUCUGAAUUAGAUUAUAAGCACUUUUUAAAAAGCAAAAUUGAAAAGAGUCCUUCAUAUCAAACUGAAGAAUUGAAUGAAUUCCAAAAAUUGGAAAUUACCAGGGAAGUUUCAAGCAGUAAUUCAAAUAAAACUUUCGGUGGAUUAGACUUUCCUGUAACAGAAGCUGCUACAAAAAGUAUUCGAAAUUUUUGUGAGAACAGGUGCAAUUACAUUCAAUUCACAAUGAAUAUUGAACUUGAAAUUAUAGAUCUAUUUGUGUCAAAAAAUAUUGAUGUUAAUAUGUUAUCGAAAGAAAUAUUAACUAAUAAGCCUGGAUACCACCUUUUUAAUUUUAGGCAUUUCUAUGAAGAAGAAAUGAAAAGUGUAAAUAUAUUUAUUUAUUCUAUGCCUCUUCAUGUGAAGUCAAUUAAAGAAAAAAUGCUUUAUUCAAGUUGCAAAAAUGCAUUCAUUGAUAGAUUGAUGCAACAUGGGGUUUACAUUCACAAGAAAAUGGAAAUUGAUGAUCCCACCGAAGUAAGUGAACAAUUUAUUCUUGAUGAAGUUUAUCCAAAAGCAAUGGCACAACGUCAACAAUUUGCAAAACCAAAAGGACCUCCAAGUCGAGGGGUAAAAAGACUUACGAAAGUAAAGGAUUAAAAUUUAUUUUAGAUGCAAUAUUAUCAGUUACUUUAAAAUUCCAUAAAUUUUACUGAAUAUAUCAAUUAACCCACAAUAAAAAUGAAUUACAUAUAAAAUUAUUUUAGAUUGUUAAAUGUUUAAGGAAAAUAAAAAUUGCAGUGUGUAUGUACCAUGU